AUGCAGACAAGGUAUAAGGUGGACAAAGAUUGGGAACGAGACUGGUGUAUGAAAGUAAUGGGAGACCUGUGGAGAUCUUCCAAGUCCAGGCUAGUUACUAAGCUGAACGAGCUACCAAAUGAACAAGAACGACUAAAAUUAAAGCCUGAUAAUAUCAAAUCAGAAACUGAAUGGAGAGUAUUUGUGCGUGAAAAAACCAGUAAACAAUUUCAGGCGAUUAGCAAUAAGUUUAAAGAGAUGAGGAAGAAACAACUCCCACAUACAUGCAGCAGGAGAGGAUAUGCUCGAACAAUGGAUGACAUGAGUAGGGAAAGCUCAAAACCUGUAACAAGAGUUCAAGCUUUCUUAAAGACACACACAAAGAAGAAUGGUGAACCUGUGAAUGCACAAGCUGCUGAAGUUAUUGAGAAGCUACAAGUUCUUGCAAAUGAAAAACCAGAUUCAUGCACAACACAGAAUACUGUACAAGAUGCUCUCACUAUUAUAUUUGGUCCUGACAAGAAUGGUAGAUCAUUAGCUAAUGGGAGGGGAGUAACUAAUACAAAGUUAGCUAUUCUAAGAGCAAGAGAUGACCAUAUUUCACAAUUGGAAUCAAAUCAAUGUGAGAUGAAGAAUAAAAUGUCUGAGAUGAUGAAUCUUAUUAAUACUAUUGCAAAAAGUGUAAACAUUCAGGGGUUUACUCAACCAAGUGAAGCGGAGUCACACAUGCCUUCUCCUAUGGUAACUACAAUUUUAAUUACUACCUAUCAUUUCACUUUUAAUUUUUUAAGUAUCAAUAUUAUCUAUAAAUAAAUAUAUAUUU